AUGAGCUUGUCGACCCCGACUGCCGACACUGGCGCUUCCGCUGCUUCCUCCCCACGGCGUGCGCGCAGCAACAUGGACGGAUACGGCAAUGGCAGUGACAUGGACGUCGAUAUGGACGCCGAUCCGUUCAACCAGCAGAAAUACGCCCGCCCGCCGUCCAAUUCCCGUCCGGCUUCCCAACACUACCUGCCCACUCAUUCGCAAACCGCCGGUGGUGAUGCCGCCGCUGCACGCACCGCACGAUACUCUCCCAUGAAUAUGUCGCCGCCUACAUACGCGUCGCCCGCUCAGCAACAGCAGCAGCAAACACCUUCGAAUCAAUACGCUUCAUACACACCGCAGCAGGCGGCACGAUUGUCUCCCAGCCGGCAACAAUUCUCUUCGCCCAGCCAGCAAAGAUACUAUGCCUCUCCACCGGGCUCUGCUCGCGCACAUACCUCACAACUACCUCCUUUGCAGGCCGCCGCAUCACCCAAUGCGUAUUAUCCGCAGUCUGCCACCCAGCAACUCAACGCUGUCUUUGGGCAUGAACAAGAGCCGCAGAAGCGAGAUCCGCAGCAACGGCAGGGCUCUGGCUCCUCCGAUCCUGUCCCGCAGUUCUCGAAAGUGAACGGGCUCGGUGAUCUCGCCUCCAACAUCAAUUCACAACCUCCCUUCCGACGAGCGAAUCCCGAAGGCGGCUUCAUCAGUCCAUUGCAAGCACUGACCACGCAUCUGCCGGCCACGUACCGCAUCUGCAAUCCUGGCUUUCAAUACGAAUCAUCACGGAAUCCGCGACGAGUGCUCACCAAGCCGAGUAAAGGCGUGAAGAAUGAUGGCUACGACAACGAGGACAGCGACUACAUUUUGUAUGUCAACGAUAUUCUCGGGUCAGAAGAGACAAACCACAAGAACAGAUAUCUCAUUCUGGAUGUGCUGGGACAGGGAACGUUCGGACAGGUGGUGAAGUGUCAGAAUUUGAAGACGCAAGAAGUGGUCGCGGUGAAGGUGGUGAAGAACAAGACGGCCUACUUCAACCAGUCCAUGAUGGAGGUCUCGGUAUUGGAUCUACUGAACGGAAGAAUGGACAAGAACGACGACCACCACAUUCUAAGGCUCAAGGACACCUUCAUUCAUAGGCAGCAUCUAUGUCUGGUGUUCGAGCUAUUGUCGGUCAACCUCUACGAGCUAAUAAAGCAGAACCAAUUCCGCGGGUUGAGUACGACGUUGGUGCGAGUCUUCGCGCAGCAGCUGCUUAAUGGGCUUUGUCUACUCAGCAAGGCGAAGUUGAUUCAUUGCGAUAUGAAGCCGGAGAACAUUCUGCUCAAGAACCUUGAAAGUCCAAUCAUCAAGAUCAUCGAUUUCGGUUCAGCAUGCGAUGAACGACAGACAGUGUACACCUACAUCCAAUCCCGAUUCUACCGAUCACCAGAGGUACUCCUCGGACUGCCAUACUCCGCAGCGAUAGACAUGUGGUCACUCGGCUGUAUUGUGGUGGAGCUAUUCCUUGGUCUACCACUGUUUCCUGGUUCGUCCGAGUACAACCAAGUAUCGAGGAUAACGGAAAUGCUCGGACUACCGCCAAACUGGAUGCUAGAGACUGGCAAGCAGUCUGGCGAGUUUUUCGAGAAGGUCCAUGACGAAUUCGGACGAAGGACGUAUCGACUGAAAUCGAUGGAGCAGUACGCGAGGGAGCAUGGAACAAAGGAGCAGCCGAGCAAGAAGUACUUCCAGCAGACGAGACUUCCGGACAUUAUCCGAGCGUAUCCCAUGCCGAGGAAGGGCAUGAAGCCGAACGAGAUGGAGAGAGAAAUGGCCAACCGCGAGGCAUUCAUCGAUUUCGUUCACGGACUUCUCAACAUCAACCCUCUCGAGCGCUGGUCGCCUCAACAAGCACGUACUCAUCCUUUCAUCACACAGCAAAAGUUCACCGGACCCUUCCAACCACAAAUGAACCUCAAAUCUACCAGUCGCUCCCCUGCUCCAGGCGUACAGCAGCAGCAGCAAGCCGAAGCUCUGUCGAAGCAGCGUGCUCAACAAGCACAAGCUGCUCAAGUCCAGCAAGCUGCUUCCGCACAAGCCUAUGCAUCAAUGCAACCGAGCAUGCACAUGAAUUCAGGCUACCCACCUAGCCCACACUCCGCCCAACAACAACAUCAGCAAGCCGCCAUGUACCAGAACAUGUAUUCUCCUUCACAUCAGGGCGCGCCACCUCCAUAUCCUGCCAACCCACCUCAGCAAUCCUCCGCCUAUGGUCAACAACUCCCGAUGAUCCAGCAACCGCCUCCUACGGCUUCGAUGAACCCCUACGCUCCACAACAACAAUCUCAACAACCCUCCCAACAACAAAAUCUCUACGCUCAGGCCACGACACGAGGCGCCCGCCAACGCGCCACCACCAUGGACGGCAACGGCAUUCCUGCCGCUUUGCAGCGCGUCGCCGGCCAUCUCGAUCCCAACGCCCCGAUUCGUCUGCAGCCCAGUCCGGCAUACUACCCGCCUCCACAGGACGGACAGGCGGAUGCUGGCAAUAUCGGUGGCAGGAGGAGGACGAGUCGAGCCACGGGGAGUCAAGACCGGAAUUUUGUGAGGAUGUUGGAGGAUCGUACGUUGGAGGAGGGUUGGAAUGGUGGUGGUGGAGGAGGUGGUGGGAAUGGAUGGCCUGGAUCGUGA